AUGUCAGAUGAACUGAAUCAAUUAUCAAAUACCGAUACCGGUAACCAAGCUUUACUCACAAAUCAAUCUCAAAAUGUCUCAAGAGAUCUGGCUGUAUGUGUUGAAGGUGCAUGGAAAAAUUAUGGUCAUUGGUGGAAAUCUAUGACAGCUUUAAAUAAUGUUACUCUUCAUGUACCAACAGGAGUUAUAUAUGGUCUAUUAGGUCCAUCUGGAUGUGGAAAAACAACAUUAUUAAGAUGUAUUGUUGGUCGUUUACAAUUAAAUCGUGGUGAAGCUAUUGUACUUGGUCAUAGACCUGGUAGUCGAGGUCAUCAAGUUCCUGGACGAGCUGUUGGUUAUAUGCCACAAGAUACAGCACUUUAUAAAGAAUUUUCAAUAUCGGAAAUGCUUCAUUAUUUUGGUCAUCUUCAUAAUAUGAAUCGAUCAGAUAUUUUAUCACGAGAAGAAUUUCUUCUUUCAUUUCUUGAUUUACCUUCACGUAGAAAAAAGAUUAUUCA